AUGUAUCUGUUUACACUCAUUCUUGCAACCAAGCUGUUUGGUUUUGUCGGGGCAAUUGAUCUGGAAGCACUUCGCAUCCAAACCUCUACAGAGUACAUCAAUAAUGCCAAGGCCAAAUCCUCUCUGAAUCUUCAAGAACUCCAAAAGGUCAGCUACCUAGAAACAGCGUCUGAACUGGUAAAGUCUGUUGCUCCUGCUGCUACAUUCAAAAUCAUCCCGGGCCAUUAUACCGGUAGUAACGGAAUCAGCCAUGUACACUUCAAGCAAACAUUCAAUGAUGUUGAGAUUGACAACGCAGUAUUCAAUGUAAACCUAGACAAAAACGACCAAAUAUUCUCGUUCGGAAACUCAUUUUUCAAUGGGAGCUUUCCAGAAUCAGGCCCAGAAGCCAGCAAAGCUCUAGGUCUCCCUCCCACGGAAGCUCUCGAGGCCAUUAAAAGGACACUGGAUCUACCUUUUGACAUCACCUCAAACAUCAAGGUGGAGGCAACUGAUGAAUCUUGUCAGUCUUAUAGUUUUCGCAACGUGAGAGGUCUUACAAGAGAUCCAACAGCUAGACUGGUAUAUCUGGCCAAACCGAAUGGCAAACUCGCCCUGACAUGGAAAGUUGGCACGGAUGCACAGGACACAUCAUACUCAUCAUAUGUGGAUGCCGAAAAUGAACCAGCAACAGUGAUAGCAGUUCUUAACCAUGUCGAUCGCUGGAUCUAUGAAGUCUAUCCAUUUGGUGUUGGUAGUCCCGCCGACGGAAUCAGAACCGAGAUCGAGGAUCCGCAAGACUUGAAGGCCUCUCCUUUUGGUUGGCAUAACCCUUUCAAUACCACCACCAACACCUAUGAUACUACUGGAAACAAUAUUGUGGUUGGGGCGCAUCCCACUUUGCUUGGAGGCCAACAUCCAGCCACAAGUCCUAACGAGUCUUUUGUCUUCCCGUAUGUGCCGGAUACAGGAACUCUUUGGGACUUUUAUGAGGCAGGCGUGACACAGGCCUUUUACGUCACCAACAUGCUUCACGACUUAUAUUAUAUAUUAGGCUUCACACCUGAGGCAGGCAACUUCCAAAUGGAUAACAAUGGUGAAGGGGGACUAGGAAACGACGCAGUCAGAGUCAAUGUGCAGAAGAAUGGCGCAUUCAAUAAUGGCGUGUUCUUCCAGGAAGUCGAUGGAAGGUCUCCAGAAAUGAAUAUAUACCCAUUCGACAAAACCGAUCCUAUGAGAGAUAGCUCCUUUGAGGCGGGCAUUCUUAUACAUGAGUACACUCACGGAAGCAGGUUGUCCGACCGAAUGACGGGGCCGCCGGAUAAUAGAGAUUGUCUCAGCGCUUUCGAGCCCGACGGAAUGGCUGAAGGAUGGAGCGACUUUUAUGCGGCGGCUCUGACUGUCAAGCCCGAGGCAGACCGCAACUCGACAUAUGCCGUGUCUCCUUGGGGUUUGAAUAAUUCAACGGGCUCCCGAUUAACGCUUUAUUCUACGGACAUGGCCAUCAACGAGUACACCUACUCUUCAGUCAACGAUUUCAACAGAGUCCAUCAAGUAGGAACCGUUUGGUGUACGAUGCUCUAUGAAAUGUUGUGGAACCUCAUCGGCAAGCACGGCAAGAACGACAAUCCCCGUCCUGACAUGGUCAAUGGUGUGCCCACCGACGGGAAGUUUCUCUCUGUCAAACUCACCACGGACGGCUUUGCCCUUCAGCCGUGUAAUCCGUCCUUUGUACAAGCUCGUGAUGCCAUCAUCGACGCUGAUGUAGCUUUGACCGGCGGUCAGAAUGCCUGUGAGAUUUGGAGGGCUUUUGCCAAGCGUGGUUUGGGAGCUAGUGCUGUGACAGGCGAGCCUCGAGUUGAUUCCUUUGAUCUUCCAGAAGGUGUAUGCUAG